GCUUUGUUCUAUGCUAAAUGGAAUGAAAAGGUAACCCAUGCACUGAUUGAAGCUGAUGCUGAUGUCAAUAUAACUGAUAAAGAUGGCAAAACAGCUUUGUUCUGUUCCAUAUACAAUGAAAAGGUAACCCAUGCACUGAUUGAAGCUGGUGCUGAUGUCAAUAUAGCUGACAAGGAUGGCAAAACAGCUUUGCUCUAUUCUGUAUGCAAUGAAAAGGUAACCCAUGCACUGAUUGAAGCUGGUGCUGAUGUCAACAUAACUGAUAAGGAUGGCAAAACAGCUCUGUUCUAUUCAUUAUACAAUGAAAAGGUAACCCAUGCACUGAUUGAAGCUGGUACUGAUGUCAACAUAACUGAUAAGGAUGGCAAAACAGCUUUGUUUUAUGCUAAAUGGAAAGAAAAGGUAAUCCAUGCACUGAUUGAAGCUGGUGCUGAUGUGAACAUAACUGAUAAGGAUGGUGAAACAGUUUUGUUUCAUGCUGUACGGAAUCAUCAUGAAAAGAUAGCCCAUGCACUGAUUGAAGCGCGUGCUGAUGUCAACAUAACUGAUAAGGAUGGCAAAACAGUUUUGUUUCAUGCUGUACGGAAUCAUCAUGAAAAGUUAGCGCAUGCACUAAUUGAAGCACAUGCUGAUGUCAACAUAACUGAUAAGGAUGGCGAAACAGUUUUGUUUCAUGCUGUACGGAAUCAUCAUGAAGAGGUAGCCCAUGCACUGAUUGAAGCGCAUGCUGAUGUCAACAUAACUGAUAAUGAUGGCGAAACAGUUUUGUUUCAUGCUGUACGGAAUCAUCAUGAAAAGGUAGCCCAUGCACUGAUUGAAGUGCAUGCUGAUGUCAAUAUAGCUGACAAGGAUGGCAAAACAGCUUUGUUUCAUGCUGUAUGGAAUGAAAAGGUAACCCAUGCACUGAUUGAAGCUGGUGCUGAUGUCAACAUAACUGAUAAGGAUAGCAAAACAGUUUUGUUCUAUUCUGUAUACAAUGAAAAGGUAACACAUGCACUGAUUGAAGCUGGUGCUGAUGUCAACAAGACCGAUAAGGAUGGCAAAACAGCUUUGUUCUAUUCCGAUUGGAACGAAAAGGUAACCCAUGCACUGAUUGAAGCUGGUGCUGAUGUCAACAUAACUGAUAAGGAUGGCAAAACAGCUUUGUUCAAUGCUAAAUGGAAUGAAAAGGUAAUCCAUGCACUGAUUGAAGCUGGUGCUGAUGUCAAUAUAACUGAUAAGGAUGACAAAACAGCUUUGUUCUAUUCUGUAUCAAAAUACAAUGAAAAGAUAACCCAUGCACUGAUUAAAGCUCGUGCUGAUGUCAACAUAACUGAUAAGGAUGGCAAAACAGCUUUGUUCUAUGCUAAAUGGAAU